AGGAGUCACAGAGGACACUGAACAGGUGCAGUUUGCCCUCGUUUGCCCUUCUGGGCAAGGCUGUAAAGUCUACUCCUGGGACACUGAGGCAUAGGGUGACUUGCCUGAACUUGUCUUUUCUAGGUUUUCCUUGGCUUCUUCUCUUUUGAUGGGGGUGGGGGGAGCAGGGAGGGAGAGAGGAAAAAGGGGAAAGGGAGAGAGCCCUGCUCCCAAGGGGAAGGAAGAAGCCACUUGAACUUCGGUCUGGACUCCAUCACAUGUUCUGUGGGGACGGUCAGCUCUCCUGAGCCGAGAGGUACCGCCCCCUCCCCCUGCGGAGCCCUGGGAUUCCCGCCCGACAGAUUAGCCUGGUCACCCGAGUUGGCAUCGCACGCGGGGGCGGGGCGGACAGAGUCCAGUGGGUAUAAAGGCGGCUGCAGAGGGCUUAACUCAAAGCCACACUCAGGACAAGCGACAUGGCUCUGCCCGCACUCCAGGCCCAGCCUCCAGAAGGCUCUCAACUGAGGUUCCUGCUGUUGCUGCUGCUGCUGCUGCUGCUGCUGUCGUGGCCAUCGCAGGGGGACGCCCUGGCAAUGCCCGAGCAGCGACGCUCCCACCCCGAGUCCCAACUCAGCGACGACGAGCUACGGGGUCGUUUCCAGGACCUGCUGAGCCGGCUGCAAGCCAACCAGAGCCGGGAGGACUCGAACCCAGAACCAACCCCCGACCCGGAGGCUGUCAGGAUUCUCAAUCCAGACGUGCGACUGGGGUUCCACGGUCAGCUGCUGCUCCGCGUCAACCGGACGUCGCUGACUCAGGGCCUCCCCGAAGCCUACCGCGUGCACCGAGCGCUGCUCCUGCUGACGCCGUCGACCCGGCCCUGGGACAUCACCAGGCCCCUGCAGCGUGCGAUUAGUCUCCAGGGACCCCGCGCUCCGGCACUGCGCCUGCGCCUGGCGCCGCCUCCCGACCUGGCCGUGCUGCCCCCUGGCGGCGCGCGACUGGAACUGCACUUACGGACGGCCGCAGGCAGAGGGCGUCGAAGCGCGCACGCGCACCCAAGAGACUCGUGCCCACUGGGUCCCGGGCGCUGCUGUCAUCUGGAGACUGUGCAAGCAACUCUUGAGGACCUGGGCUGGAGCGACUGGGUGCUGUCCCCGCGCCAGCUGCAACUGAGCAUGUGCGUGGGCGAGUGCCCCCACCUCUACCGCUCGGCGAACACGCACGCGCAGAUCAAAGCGCGCCUGCAUGGCCUGCAGCCUGACAGGGUGCCUGCCCCGUGCUGUGUCCCCUCCAGCUACACCCCGGUGGUUCUUAUGCACAGGACAGACAGUGGCGUGUCACUGCAGACUUAUGAUGACCUGGUGGCCCGGGGCUGCCACUGCGCUUGAGCGCCGGGCCCUGCUCCUUGCCUACACUCCCCUUCCAGGAUGCUAUUUAUUUCUAUUUAUUAAUAUUAUUAACUUAUUGGGGUCGGGCUGGGUGGAGGGAUUGUGUAUUUAUUUAAAACUCUGCUAAUAAAGGUGAGCUUGGUUCCUA